GAAGAAGAGUAAAACAGAGGGAGAUGUUCCGCCGUCCAUGUCCGGAAGCUGCGCCGUGUGCGUAGACAGAGUGGUGUACCUCUUCGGAGGGCAUCACGCACGGGGCAAUACCAACAAGUUCUACAUGUUAAAUUCCAGAUCCACGGACAAAGUGCUGCAGUGGGUCAGAGUGGAGUGUCAGGGGGUACCCCCUUCGUCGAAGGACAAGCUGGGCGUGUGGGUUUACAAAAACAAGCUGAUAUUUUUUGGAGGCUAUGGUUAUUUUCCUGAAGGGAAACAACGUGGAACUUUUGAAUUUGAUGAAACCUCUUUUUGGAAUUCAGGCCUUCCGAGAGGGUGGAACGACCACGUGCAUGUUCUGGACACCGAAACUUUUACUUGGAGCCAGCCUGUAACCACGGGUAAAACUCCGUCACCGCGAGCAGCUCACGCCUGCGCUACGGUCGGGAGCAGAGGCUACGUCUUCGGUGGCCGAUACAGAGAGUCCAGAAUGAACGACCUUUACUACCUGAACCUGGAUACGUGGGAGUGGAACGAAAUAGUCGCACAAGGCGUCUGCCCAGUCGGCCGGUCCUGGCAUUCUUUAACGCCCAUUUCCUCGGAUCACCUCUUUCUCUUCGGGGGAUUCACCACGGACAAGCAGCCGUUAAGUGACGCUUGGAUCUACUGUAUCAGCAAGAACGAGUGGAUCCAGUUUGAGCAUAACUAUUCCGAAAAACCAAGGUUGUGGCAUACCGCUUGUGCAAGCGAAGAGGGAGAGGUGAUCGUCUUCGGGGGCUGUGCCAACAACUUACUUGCCCAUUCUAAAGCU